AUGCCUACAAACAUGUGUGGAGCAAAGGUGCUAACGAUCCUGCUGGAAAUUUUGGACCGAGAGGAGGAUAUCGUGGAAUCACAACGGAUCAGAAGGGAGUCGUUAGCACGACUAAUCAACUUUGCAGCAGGGACAACCUAUUUUACAUUCAACAGGACCAUCUAUGAACAAAUAGUUGGACUUGUCACCACUUUUGGCAAACGUAUACAUGAAAAAAAUAGAAGAGAACUUCAAGAUGUCACCGCUACAACCAGCAGUACUGGUGCGGGGCCUGGAUGA